AUGAACUUGAACGAUUCAAUAUUCCUCUCGCUGGGACUUUUGCUUGCAGUCCUUUCAAGUCUUGCCAAUGCAAAUGUCGAAAAGACGAUCUUCCUGGGACCGAAAGCUUCAACGGUCCCACCAGGGCUCGGACACUCAGGUCUAGACGACCUCGGUCUGGAAAGAUUGUCACCAGAGAGACCAGUGAUCCGCACCAAGCUAAACGCGUCGUUCCCAACCACUGAAGCACCCGAUGGCUCCGAAUCAUGGUAUUUUCUAGAGAACCUCAUGCCUGGCCAACGUUAUGAAGUACGAGUCUGCUGGCUCGCAACACAACCAACUGCAUUCACCCUCACAACACAUGAUCUGUCCACCACUGUGGAUGACACGGAUCUUCUAUCAUCACUGAGCGUCUUCUCUGCAGCCCGACUGGCUUCAAAUGAUGCUGAUCUCCAAGAGAAUGCUGGCCUCCGCCCAGCGCCGGGACAUCAUGCGUCUGAUUUGCUUGACCCAGCACCAAGGACAAAAUCGGUACUCUUUCUGCGAGUGCGCGCCGCGGCAGACUAUUUUACGACAAAUAAGACGUUGAUGGAAAAUGUGCCACCGGUGGCCGUUGACCUGGUCCUUGAUCCGUUCUUAUUGAAUGUUUUCCCAAGAUCGCUGGUGCCGACUGCUGGCUGGCUUGUUGUCGUUGCGGGUGUCGGCUAUGUGGUCGCGAGGUGGGUGGCUGCCGAGAUUGGAAGAGUCAUUGAUGAUGCCCGUAGGAUACGGGACUUGGAAGAAAAAGAAAAGAAGAAGGAAAAAUAG